ACCGGAAAGUAAAUAAAACAGAAAAGUUCCAAAAUAAAAACAAACAUUGUGCAAGAUUAAAAUUUAAAUCUGGAAAAAGAUCACUAAUUUAAAGAGUUUAGCAGUUGAUAUGUCUCAAAUUAUCUUUCUACAAUCAUUGUCCAAACUGCGCCACACAACCCGGCUUUUGUCACGACAAACGAUUUCACGAUGCUUGGCCACACAAACCCCAAAGGUCAACCCAAAUGAACCAAAACCCGUAAACGACAAACCGUUGCAGUACUUCAACAGCCCGGCCUCUCGGUGGAGGGCCGAGCACACCCGAAGUGGCCAGGACAACGAGGACAUGCCUUGGUACCAGCCGUACGUGGUGAUCGCCAGCAUGGCCGUGUUUAUGCUUUACUUUUGCGUGCUGCGUGAGGAGAACGAUAUCGACCGGAGCCUGGAAAAGUCCCUGUACGAGCACAUACCCGGUCUGGAGGAGAAACAGCUGGUGGUGAGCUACCACUACAACAAGGAGCACGGUCUGCCGACGAUCGAAAUCGAGCAGCGAAUGAAGGCACUUGGGCUGGAGUACUAGGCGCAAGCUGUGAUGUAAGCAAAUAAAGUUAGAACAAAUGCAGCGACA